AUGAUAUUGACAAUUUCCAUUUUUGCUGGUUUGAUUUCAACAAUAUCCGCGCAAGGAUCAUGUGUCCAAUGUGCAACUCCGUACCUGAAAAAUAAUUGGGCAAUCACAUCUCUUCCGAAAAUCCCCGCCAAUUUAAUAUGGUCCGAUAACUGCCUAGCCGCGUCAGGAGAUGAUUUGAAUGAAAAACAAGCGACUUGCACGAACAACUGCUUCGAAAUGCUUCUUCCAUUGGAUGGCAAUUAUGAAGUCGUUCGCGGCUGCUUCGCUGAUUUUGUGGGAACUGAUGUGACUGAGGUUGAAGGCGAACAUUGCGAAGCGAAUGUUGUUACAAAUUAUGGUGCAGUCAAAUAUAGAACACAGACGUUCACUGCAGCAUUUACAGCCAUUCGCUACUGUAAAGCUAAAAGCGACGGAACUUGCAACAAUGAACUUGUGAGCACUAAAGUGCACAACGACAAGAUUGAUAAUUGCACCCCAGGGACAACGGUGACAUGCAAGUCUUGCGGCGAAUACGACGGAGUUGGUGAUUGCUCAGCCUCAACGAAAUCCACGUGCCAAGGCGUUUACUGCACGAAAACUGCUGGAAAAUUGAAUGGUCAUUGGUAUGAAAGUCGCGGAUGUGCUGGAAUCAACCCAUUCGGAAAAGAUAUUUGUCAAUGGAAUGAUCAAGUAUUCAACAUUUCGACGGAAAUCAAUUCUCCGGACAUUCCGUCGCGAUCGAAACGAUCCAUCGCGCUCGGGUUCAGUGCGAACAAAUGCAUUUGCAAAGGCGAACUUUGUAAUUCGACAAGCGCCACCUCAAUCGCCGCCGCCAUUCUCAUCGCGUUGAUCGCCUCGAUUUUUUGA